CUCAUAAUCAAGAUCACUUGGUCUUCAUAUUCAAUUUGCGCCAAAAUUCCUUCGUCGCCUACUCAGGUGGCGAGAGCACUCUCUAACCUAGGAUUCAAGACGGUAAGUUUCUCCAACGCUGAUUUUGAUGUGACUGGAGUAAUCAACGCCAUGAAGUUGUCUAAUCUGCAAACCGUCCCCAACAAUCUCGUGAUCCCUCUAGCUACAAAUCCCAGUCGGAAUUGCUCAUGCGGUGAACCUGCUGAUUAACCAAGG